GCAUAAAAAAAAUAUACACAAAGAGAAGAAAUUAGACGGACUGCUAUACUGCUGCUAUAUAAACAGAGAAUGGCUUGCUUAAGUGGUUACUGUAGCAGCUUCGUGUGUUUUCCUUCGUCAAAACCCAUAUCAAAAAUGGCUGCAACAUCUGUGAAAGCAGAGGCCAUCGCUAUCGAGAAAUCUGGUGUCAAGAUCGUAAGGAAUCCUCCUGAAUCCAAACUCACCGAGCUCGGCGUCCGCUCUUGGCCCAAGUGGGGUUGCCCUCCAAGCAAAUUUCCGUGGACAUAUUCUGAUAAGGAAAUAUGUUAUCUUCUGAAAGGUGAAGUGAAGGUAUAUCCUGAUGGAUCAGAUGAGGCUGUUGAAAUUGGUGCUGGUGAUUUGGUUGAGUUCCCAAAAGGAAUGAGCUGCACUUGGGAUGUUUCUGUUGGUGUAGACAAGCACUACAAGUUUGAGUAAACCAUUAUUUCUUUUUCUCAUAUGAAUAAACUACUGAUAAUGAAACUAUUUGCUACAUGUAUGAACUUCUAACUAGUUUCCUAAUCUUAUUCACCCUACUUUCUGGCCUUUCCUUUUA